AUGGACAUAUUUUUAAGAUUAUCUAUGGACUACGGGUUAUAACCGUUCGCGCGGCUACCGGUUUCGCUAUUUUGUACUUUACUUUAAAUGUAGUAAAUAUGUCGAUUUUUUAACAUGUGAGUAAAUACAGAUUGUUUUUUUUUUGUAAAUUGUAUUCCAUGUGUGACGCGAGAAUUUAAGUUUACUUAAAAUAAAAUAAGUGGCACACGCUGUACACGUCUACACGACUUUCUAAUUGCUAUCACAUCGUACCCACUCUUGAUUUAAAAACUGAUAUUGGUUUUUAAUAUUUAUUAUUUUGCUAAUUUGGUAUGUAAAGCUACUCACUAUUCCGACUUGUUGCAUUCAUUGUUAAAUGUUAUUAUUCAAUUGCCAAUCGCCCAAUUAUUACAAUUUGAAAUUGUAUUGAGUUAGAAGCACUUGUGCAAUUGGGCAUUGGGAUUCAAAUGUACACGAGCUUUUUGUAGAACCAUUUAUUCGAAAGCCUCGACGAAAGCAUUGCAAUUCAUUUGGUCUGACUUGCCAGUAAUUUUAUUUUAUGUCAUCUAAUAAAAUGAUAAUUACUCAAAAGGAAAAGUACUUAUUUUCGUUUUUAAUUUGAAUCAAAAUCUACUUAUCAGUUAUUGUCGGACAAAACGUUGUGUUCCACUGUUAAAAUGUCAGAAAUUGAAAUCUCAUCCGGACCGGAAGAUAGUGAACCAGAUAUUUUUUAUAACAUGGAUAUGUUUCAACAGAUGAUAAAUUUAUGUCGAAAUAAUAAAAAGUUUCCUCAGAAGUAUGUUGAAGAUAUGAAUAAAAUGUAUAAAAAAUGCAAUAAUAAACAAAAGAAUUCAAAAAAUUUAUGCGAUUUGGUUCUUAAAGGAAUAGAAUCAAUUUCUCCAAACAAUGAAGAUUCUUUUCAGUAUGCUGCAAAUGUAUAUAAUGAAUUAUUACAAUUAACCAAAAAAGACUCCAAUAGAUUACAGACUGAAAACUGUGUUGCUAGUACUUCAAAUGGUAAUACAAGUACAACUUCUGAAUUAGAUGAUGGUACAAGUAACAAUGAAAUUAGUGAAAGUAAUAAAAUAUUCAAAGAAUUAAUUGAAAAAUGUUAUCAAAAUAAAAAUUUUCCAAAUUCAAAUAUUGAAAUUAUUGAUAAAUUGUAUAACUCUCUGCCAGCUGAGUUUCUCAGCUCUAAGUAUUUUAUUAUGUUGUUAAAAGAAGCAAAUCAAAUAAUCUGGCCUGAUAGUAGUAUAACUUUUUAUACACACAUGGAAUAUAUAUAUGAUCAAUUACAGCAGUUUGAAGCUUCAAUGAAAGUUCAAGAUAGCAAAACAUCUGGUAACAAUAAAGAAAUAAAUGGAAAGAAAUUAAAACAGCUAAAAAAACUCAAAACUGCAUUGAAGGUUAUCCGAAAAAAAAUUAAAAAUCUUGAUGAACAAGAAAUGGACAUAAAUAAUGAUGAUGAAUUUAAUUAUGACUCUGCAUAUAUAUUAAAAGACAAAUAUGAAAAAAGGAUAGUUGAAAUUUAUAAACGAAUGUGUAAACUAUGUGAUGAACCAGACUUUUUAGAAGAACCUAUACUGCGUUUCAAAGGAACAAACGACAGCUUGGUUAAUAAAACCAUUGAGAAAUAUUAUAAUGUUAAUAAAACAUUUCCAGAUUCUUUUGAAAUAUAUACAUUAUUAAAAUGCUUAAGAGACAAAAAAAAAUUAGGAUGGACUGAAACUGAAUUGAGAAGUAUCUCAAAAGAUGCGUUUCUUCAACUUGCGAAACAAUUAAAGCUUCGAAGGAUAAAUGAAUAUCUUGGUCGUUUGUCAAAUGUAAAUACACUUAAAGAUCCAGCAGAAGAAAAUGAAGAACUUAGAAAGAAACUCGAUGAAAGUAACAAAAAGUUUUACGCAGAUUUGAACGAGUUGGAAAUAAAGUUUAAAAAGAAACAAGAUUAUGCAGAAGAAACAGAAGGGUCUAAUCUUAAUGAUACAGAGUGUGAAUACAGUUCAGAAAAUGAAUCUAUUGUUAAUAAUAGAAAAUUAAAUAAAAAGGCAAAACCAAUAUCAAUAAGACGAAAAAGGGUAUCAUCGUCAGAAUCAGAAAAUAAUAAACGACCAAAAAAGAGUCAGAAAACUAUUUAUAUGGAGUCAUUUGAUUUAGCACCAAGUGGUGUUACUUCAGAAACAGAAAAUGAGAUAGAUGAAGAAAAAAGUGGUAUUACUGAAAAAGUUCCUAAUCAAAUGAUAGUUGUAGAUAAUAUUAAUAGUAUGAUAAAUACAAACAAUAAUAUUGGUUUACUAAAAGAUGUUAACAAACAAUCAAACACAGUUUCAAAAAAUUCUAAUGAUAUUAUGUCAAAUGGUAAAACAAGUGAUGUUAACAAAGAUACCUCCAACAAAAUAACUAUAAUAAAUAGUGUUGAAAAUUUAACAAAUAAAAAAAAUAAAGAUUAUACUGAAACCUUAGGAAGUAAUAAUUUAGUCACGAAAAAAUCUCUUGCGGAUUCCGAUACAGAUGGAAUCCUUUUGAUUGAUGAAGGUAUUAGAGUUGAGGAUGAUACUAAUAGAACAGUUACCAAAGAACCAUUGGAAGAUAAAACAAAGGAAGUAGAGAGUGAAGUAAAUGCUAAAAACCAUAGUACUACCACUAUUGAUAAUCCAAUUGAAGAAAUCGAGCCUAAAGAAAUAAAAAUGAAUGAUAAUAAAGAUUCGCCAAAAGAUGUAAUUGAGAUCAAUGAACUUGAUGAUUCAGAUGUAGAAAUAACAUCUUGUGAAACACCCAUAGUUCCUGUCCAAAAUAAGGAAUCUUUAGAAUCUAUUAUAAAAUCUCGAAAAUUUGAUGAGAAGCGCACAUGGGAUAAUGAAUCAAAGAAUAUUAAUCCUUCAUCAUCUCGUACUUUACAUCGAAAACCAAAUAUUAUGGACCAUAAUUUAGUCAAUCGUUGGAUUAUAAACAAUAAGCGACCUUCUAAACCAAAUAGCACAAACCAUAUGCCUAAUAUCAGACAGAAUAAUCCUAGCAUUAGACAACCAAUGGUUUGUCAAAGAACUGCUAUUCAAAAGAUACAAACUGCGAGACAGUUUACUCAACGUGUUUUAAAUACAGUUCAACAACAAAGAAAUGUCAUAAAUAAUCAAUCAGUACUACGAGAACAAGUUACAACCAUGACUACAACAACAACAGUUCGACAAAUAGUUCAGAAAAAUCAAGUUCAUCGUCCCGGUAAUUCUAUUACUAAUAAUGGUAAAAAACCUGAACUUAUAGAAUUGGAUUAGUACUUAAUAAUAUUAUAAAUACAAUCAUUUUACUUUUAUAUUUUUAUUUUCAAUGUUAGAUCUGGAAAUAUUAUUGCUCUAUCAUAUUUUUCUAAAAAUUUGUCUAAACUAUAUCUAAUAUUUUAAACUGUUUUAAUAUUGAUAUUUGAAUUAAAUUAAAAGGCUAUUUAUAUUAGCUUAUUAAACAUCAGAAAUUUCUUUGUGAUUGUAAGUUUUCUUAUCUAAGGUCUAAAUUAAAUAACAAUUUUUAAACAUAUGUUUACCUUCUAUUUAUUUAAAUAAUAUUAAAAACUAUUUGAUGUUAUGUAUAACAUUAUGUAUGUAUAUAAAUAUAUUGUUAAAAAAUACAUGUUUCAAAAAACA